AUGCUGAAGGGCACCGCGUACGACGCGCACGAGGCGGUGAACUUCCUCACCCGAACCAUCGCCAUCGCCAUCGUCACCGGCUGCACGGUGGGCCUGCUGGCGUACCUGUCGCUGAAGAUGGUGGGAAGCCCCUUUGACCACUCGAGCGGGAUCAUCCAGACAGUGAUCACCUUCGGCUGUGCCUACGUCAGCUUCUACCUCUCCGAGGGGCUCUUCGGCGCGAGCGGAGUCCUGGCCACGGUCGCUGCUGCCCUCGUCCUGGCGCACAAGAUGUGGCCUGCAAUUGUGGACAGGGAGUCUCUGAUGAGCUUCUGGCACGUCUUUGAGUACAUGUGCAAUAGCUUGAUCUUCUUCCUUGCCGGCGCACUCACUGGGAAUGCCAUGGUGAAGAUUGAGGCCCAAGACUGGGGCCAUCUGCUGGUGAUCUACGUGAUGCUUGUCCUCGCCCGCUUCUUGCUGCUGUUCUGCUCCAUGCCUGUGCUCAAGCUCCUCCACCCGCGGCGCGAGCCCGUCUCACUGGCGGAGGUUGCGGUGAUCACCUGGGGCGGCUUGAGGGGGGCCGUCGGCCUGUCCCUGGCCAUCCAGGUGGCCACGAACCGCGCUGGAGGCGUCAUUUCCCCAGAGGACGGGCAGCGUGUGCUCUUCUACGUGGGGGGUGUUGCGGCUUUGACCCUGGUGAUCAACGCCACCACGAGCCCUUUCCUCGUGGGCGCUUUGGGCAUCACCCGCUGGGAGCACGCCAAGCAGAACAUGAUGCUGCUGCUCCACAAGCGGUUGAAGGCUCUGAGUCGGGGCUACUGGAUGGCUUGGGCCAACGAAGACCCAUCCAGUAAGCUGUGA